UUUUUUUCUUUCUACAUUUUGAGUAAUAUUCUUAAGUGGUUGUUGUAGUUGUUGUUGUGGUUUGCUUUAUUUUAUGGGCACUGUCCAUAAAAACAAGCAUAGAUUCUCUCUUUGAGAUCUCUCUCCUAGCUGUGCGGUUUAGGAAUGGAUGAUUGUGCUCUGUCUCCUCUGCUUUGAUUCUCUCUGCUCAUAAAGAUACCUCUUCAUUCUCAUUACAGUUGCUGUACUAGUAGGUGGACCUGCUUUCAUCAACUCUUUCUUUCAGACAGAAAAAUGAGUCAUGCACAUUCUCAUACCGGUUCCGGUAGUAGAACUACUCGACGAGCUUUUGAGUUCGGGAAGACACAUGUCGUGAGGCCUAAGGGAAAACACCAAGCUACUAUAGUUUGGUUGCAUGGACUUGGUGAUAAUGGUUUGAGCUCAUCUCAAUUGUUGGAAUCACUUCCACUUCCAAAUAUAAAAUGGAUUUGUCCUACUGCUCCUACUCGUCCUGUGGCGAUACUCGGCGGUUUUCCCUGUACUGCAUGGUUUGAUGUGGGAGAACUUUCAGAAGAUGGUCCAGAUGAUUGGGAAGGUUUAGAUGCUUCAGCAGCACAUAUUGCUAACUUGCUGUCAACAGAACCAGCUGAUGUGAAAGUUGGUAUUGGAGGGUUCAGUAUGGGUGCAGCAAUAGCAUUAUACUCUUCAACUUGUUAUGCCAUGGGAAGGUAUGGAAAUGGCAUGCCAUAUCCUGUCAGUUUAAGAGCAGUUGUUGGACUCAGUGGUUGGCUUCCAGGAUCAAGAAGCUUAGGGAACAAGAUAGAAGUGUCACACGAAUCACGAAGGCGGGCUGCUUCGUUACCGAUUUUACUAUGCCAUGGAAUCAGUGAUGAUGUAGUACACUGCAAGUAUGGAGAGAAAUCUGCACAAUCCUUAAGCUCGGCCGGGUUUCGAUAUAUAGCAUUCAAAUCCUAUGAAGGGCUUGGUCAUUACACAGUUCCAAGAGAGAUGGAUGAGGUUUCCAACUGGCUUAGUUCAAGGUUGGGGCUUGAAGGAUUCUCAUCUUAAAAUGACAAAACUAUUAGAGUAUGAAAAUAUGAAUGAAUCAGUGAAUGUUUGUAGAAUAACAGGGAAGGUGGGAUAAUAUAAAUAUGAGAUUUAAUUUUCUGGGUCCCUUUUUGUCAUGUUGGUGAGGAAUAAAGAUAUAUGAAUGUGUUUACUAAGUAUUUAUCUCUUUAUUUUAUUAUUGUAGAAUCUAGGUGCUUGAUCAGUAGUAGUAUUGGAGGGAUUUUUAGCUAUUGUAACAAAACAUGGAUCUUGGACUCCUUGUUUUUCAAUUUCAAUAAACUUUCUUUUUUGGGUGAAUUAUAAAACUUAGUAAUUAAAGAGAUAUAUUCCCAUGUCC